CCUGAUCAAUGGGACCUGAGGAUGUUCCAGCAGUGUGGGAAGGCCGAGCGAGCCACCUGCGGGCGGUGAGAGGGACAGAGCAAGAUGUGACUGGCAGGUGGCUGGCUCUGCAGGUGCCAGGGAAGGGGGAGCUGGGCACCGAGCUGGCAAUCAAUAAUUCAAGGAGGUGGUCACAUGCCCUUGCUGGCUGUUGCAGGAUUCCUCUCUCACCAGAGUCUGGUUACAUCCAGGGAUCAAGUUCCAACCUCUUGGCUGGUGAAUUAUUAAACUCCAGCAGUGCUCUGUUCCCUUUGUACCACGGCUGUGUCUUCCUGCUGUCAUUCCUUGCCAGCGACAGGCUCUGUGGAAGGGCUCCUCCGGACCAGCACAGCACCUCACGCUCUCCGUUGCCCCUUGCUUGUCGACAGGAGAGGGAAAAGCCUGGGGAGAUGGACCUGUCCUACAGAUCCACCAUCUCCAUCUAUAAGAGCAUCCUGGAGCAGUUUAACCCUGCACUGGAGAACCUGGUGUACCUGGGGAACAACUACUUGCGUGCCUUCCAUGCAUUAUCCAAAGCAGCUGAAGUCUACUUUAAGGCAAUCGAAAAGAUUGGGGAGCAAGCACUGCAGAGCUCCACCUCUCAUGUGCUGGGUGAAAUCCUGAUGCAGAUGUCUGACACACAGAGGCUCCUGAGUUCUGAUCUAGAAGUUGUGGCUCAGACGUUCCAUGUGGAUCUACUGCAGCACAUGGAGAAGAACUCCAAAAUGGAUGUGCAGUUCAUCAGUGAGAGCCAGAAGCAGUACGAGUUGGAGUACCGGCGCAAAGCCAACAACCUGGAGAAGUGCACAGCAGAGCUCUGGAGGAUGGAGAGGGCCCGUGAUAAAAAUGUCCGGGAGAUGAAGGAGAAUGUGAUGCGGCUGCGCUCAGAGAUGCAGGCAUUCCUCUCCAACAGCCAGCGGGAGGCUGAGCUGGAGGAGAAACGCCGCUACCGCUUCCUGGCUGACAAGCACCAGAUGCUCUACAACACUCUCCUCCAGUUCUACAGCAGGGCCCGAGGCAUGAUCCAGACUAAGGCACCACAGUGGAAGGAGCAGCUGGAGGCCAGCCGCAACCCCUCCAACAGCCAUGUGCAGGGCCUGCUCACCAGCUCCCAUGGCCAGGGCUAUCCGUCAGGCCGGCUCACGCCUACCCACCUGGAGACGAGACCCCUUGGAGACUUUGCUUCUUCUAUGGCCGGGAGUAGGUCCAGCAUCUUCUCUCAGGAACCACCAGAAAUGAGACUGUCUCCUCAACCAGAGGUCCCCAGGCGACCGCUGCAGAGGACACCAUCAGCCAGUUUGGUCCCUGCUGGCCGUGUCUCCCGCUCUGGUUCCUUUGGUGAGGCCAGCAGCAGCAGUGAAGGCAGGCGGAGGGGCGGCACAGUGAGAGUGCAGGCUAUCGCACCCCACACAACUGGGGCCAACCGGACCCUGCUGCGCUUCGAUCCUGGGGAUGUCAUCACAGUGCUGAUGCCAGAGGCGCAGAACGGCUGGCUGUACGGCAAGCUGGAGGGCUCAUCCGCAUGUGGUUGGUUCCCUGAAGCUUAUGUCAAGCCUCUGGAGGAUGCAAGGGAUAUGGAAGAGCCACCUGUCAGGUCUUUCCCACUCCGGAGCAGUCACAGUAUGGAUGACAUCUUGGAUCAUCCCAGCGUUUCUUCCUCUAGCUGGUCUGCUGCUGCCCAAGCUGCUGUGCCAAACCCACCUCCUGCACCGGUGGGUGCCAGCAGUCACCAGAGUGGGCCGGUGACAUCAGGUGGUUCGAAGAAACCGGGAGUAUUUGACCAGCCACCUGAACUCUUCCCAAGAGGUACCAACCCCUUUGCCACAGUCAAGCUACGUCCCACAGUCACCAACGAUCGCUCUGCACCCAUUAUCCGAUGAAGUGCUGCAGGGAAGAGGAAGGCAUAGGAGUGACAGGCUGCAACCCCUAUUGGGCAGUGACCUCAUGCUACCGCUCACAGAGUGACCUCUCUCUGUUCCUCCCUUCCCUCUUGGACAUGAGGAUCUGUCUCAUGGCUGUCUGGCAUGCUGUAGCCAACAGCAGGCCCUCUUCGGAUUGCCCUCCACCCCUGUGUGAUGUUAUCGUGCUUGAGUGGGAGAAGCCUGGAGAUGGUGGCCUGGGGGUGGUGGUGGGGAAAUUCUGAUGGUCUGGGAGAACGACACUUGCCAGAUUUUGCUGCUGGAAAAAUGAACCCCAGAGGGAGGUGGCUACCACAAAGCUGCCAGUGAUGUGGCUUGGCUGAAGGGCUCUUGGCCCCUUUGGCAGCCAUGUUUGUUUCAGCCCCUCCUCACCACCAGCUGACCCCUUCCCUGGCCAGUCAGCUCCUGGGCACAGGAAAGGAGGUGAUGGAGCCCAGUGUCACUGUCCUACUCUUCCACCAGUUGUCCUGUGGAGAAAGCAUUUUGA